GAAAAAUACGAAAAAAAGGAGACUUGAGAAGGUCCCAAUCGAACAGAGCAGCAGCCUCGCUUUUCAACUCGAGGACUGCGAAAGAGAGAGCUCAAGUUAUCUAUAGAUCUGAAGGUUUUUCAUAAUUCGACAGUAAUCUAUACAAAUCGAUAGCUCAAUUUUCCGUCAAUGGAUCAGAUUUUGAACAAGGUGGGCUCGUAUUGGUUGGGUCAAAAGGCCAACAAGGAAUUCAAUUCGGUCGGCGAUGAUAUCAACUCAUUGUCGAAUAGUAUCGAAGGAGGAGCCAAAUGGUUGGUUAACAAGCUAAAAGGAAAAAUGCAAAAGCCGCUGCCCGAACUUCUCAAGGAGUAUGACCUGCCAGUUGGUAUAUUCCCUCGAGAUGCGACCAAUUAUGAGUUCAAUGAGGAGACCCGAAAGCUCACUGUUUAUAUCCCGUCUGUGUGUGAAGUGGGCUACAGGGAUUCAUCUGUACUGCGUUUUUCCACGACUGUUACUUGUUAUCUCGAGAAAGGUAAACUGGCGGACAUAGAGGGAAUCAAGACGAAGGUGAUUGUUUGGGUGAAGGUGACCUGUAUUUCUUCCGAGAAGUCGAAGAUCCAUUUCACGGCUGGAAUGAAGAAAUCGAGAAGCAGGGAUGCUUAUGAGGUUUUCAGAGAUGGGUUUACAGUAGAUAAGUUUUAAAUAUUAAGUGGGCUCCUCUUCAUUGUGAUGAUAACUUUGUUUAACCUUGGCAUGUAUCAAAUGUACUGUACCCCUUUGAUUCUUCAUGUGCUUGGAUGUCGAAAUAAUGAUACUUUAUUUAAUGCGGUAAAUAAUUUGGUUUGUGAGUGCUGGAAAUCUGGUGCAUGUUUGUGAGUGAUGUAUUGUUAGUAGUUUAUUAACAAUGUUAGCAAGAAAGGUUGAGAAAAAAAUGUUAUGGCAAUAUAAUGACACGAAACAAUGUUAAAUGAAUGUAGG